AUGCAGACAGAGGUGCGUGUGGUGUUGAAGGCAACUGGAUUUAUGUGCCUCGUUGUUGUGGGGCUCCCUGCCAAUUUGAGCGUGCUGUUCCUCUUCUGCCGCCUGCACUUCUCCCGCGGGCGCCUGCAGCCUAACGAUUUCAUCUUAUGCAGUAUGGCAACUAUGAACCUAGUAGUUUUGCUGUGCCGCAGCCUUCCUCAGACCCUGUUUGCCUUGGGUGUAAGACAUUUCAUGAGUGACUGGGGUUGCAAGGUGGUCAUCUUCGCCUACCGUAUGGGUCGUGCCAUGUCCAUCUGUGUGACUACUUUGCUUGGCUGCUACCAGAGCGUGAGCAUAGCACCUUCCACGCCCCGCUGGACUCUCCUGAAGCAUUGGCUUCCUGCCCAUCUGCUCCAUGCCAUCAUCGUUUUCUGGUUCAUCAAUGCUUUUGUGUGCUAUGGUGCCAUAAUGUAUCCACAGGCACCACCCAUCAACGGCUCUGUUCCAGAGUUCACAAUGAACCUGGAGUUUUGUCUUGUGGUGUACCCAGGCCCUCUUACAUACAGAAUCAAUGGGAUAACGUUAACCUUAAGGGACAUGUUUUUUGUGUCUGUGAUGGUGUUGGCAGCAGUCUACAUGCUGCUGGUACUGUACCGACACCGGCAGCAAGUGAAGGGACUGCAAGGGGCCAGCAGGGCAUCAGAGGGUGCCUCACAGGCUGUGCUGCUCUUGGUGUGUACGUAUGUGGCACUGUUCACCCUGGAGAAUAUUCUGUGGGGAUACUCUCUCACCGUCCCCCAGGUCAUGCCCGUCAUCUCCGAAACACGUGUCUUCUUUGCCUCCUGCUACUCUGCCCUCAGCCCUGUUCUCAUUAUUGCCACUAACCGGAGGCUGGCAGGGAACUUCAAGUGCUUCACAUGUAAUAAGAGAGCAGAGAACCUUUCUACACAAGGAGAGUCUAACAUAUCUCAUAUAACAGCGUAG